UUGAUGGUGGCGGGAUCAUUGUGAAGGGAAAUACGCUGAUCACAACGGAGGAGGGUCAGGGUGUGGAAUCAUCUGUUUGCGUUAAUGCUAUUGAUGUGAGGAACGGCGGCUACUUUGACGUUGAGAACACCACGAUGAGUGCUGCUAAUGGUGUUUAUAUUUUUGGGGAUACCACCGUGAGCACCGCGGGGCUGCUGCGAGUGGCGGACUGCAUCUUUAUUGGCAGCACGAAGGUUUUGACUUCUGCGCUGUCGUAUUUGUCUGGCUCGGUGACCCUCGAGGGAGGUGCGCAGUGGCGUGUGGAGGGCAACAGCGUGGGUGCAGCCUCGGUAUUAAAUAUUCCUCAUUUUCAGCACAAAAUUCAGCUGUCGGGCAGCGGCACCACCGUGGCGCUUGCACACAACCGUCGGGUGGACUCGAGUGUUUCCUUCGCCAAAUUUCUCCCAUCGAGCAUUGUCGUGAAGUUACCCGCGCGGUUUGUGGUUGGGUGCAACCUGCAGGGCGAUGGGGAGGUGUCGUACGACGAUGUGUUUCCGGAGGGCGUGGAGGUGUUCAGGUGUGGCACAUGCAACGACGACGCGGCGUGCUACAUGCCCGGGACGGAGUCGGUGGACCGCGGCUCGUGCUCGUGCAGCUGCAAGGACGGAUGGCAUGGCGCGUCGUGUCUUCCCUUCGAGGUGCCCGACACGGUUGUGCCGCCCGUGGCGGAGAGAGCCGUGGACGGCGACACGAGCUGCGUGGUGAACCAGACGCUGACGAGCCUAGCGCUGGACAUGUGGAAGACACACCACUGCUACGUGGGUGUGACGUUCAGCGGCGUGGGUGCAGUGCUGACGUUUUUCCUCGACAGUAUGCCGCUGCAUCUCCCCAUCAACAUCACGCUCACCAGGUGCACAUUCCGUGAGGGUGCCGCGCUGCAGUUUGUUGGUGGUGCUUCUGCGGCCGAGUCAUCCGGCGUCCUGAUCCGCGUGAGCCGGACUGUAAUGCGGUCCUCUGUUGUUGCUUUUGCACUUGCCCUCCCGCAGCACUGCGACAUUGCCGUCACGGAGGUUGACGCGGUGCAGUCCUCCGAGGUCCAGCUGCCACACAUUAGGACCAACAUGCUGAGCGUAUUUUUACUGGUGAGCAUCAUGUUUAGUGCGUCCUCGCUGUUGGUCAGCAACAUCAAGGCUCAUUCCUUGAGGUACGGUGCGCUUGGUUUGUACUCGACAGGGACGCUGACGCUGGAGCGUGGCAGCUCGCUGUAUGUGCAGUACUGCAGCUUCGCUGGGUACAUGCAUAUGUUUUACGUGAAUAUCCUCAGUGUGAGUGACCACUGCGUUUUUGCGCUGCUCAACAAUACAAUGUCCUCCGGGACAAGCCUGCUGUGUCAGCAACAAGAAUUGAGCGUGUCAGAUCACAGCGUGCUGCGCGUGGUGGGGAACAGCGGCCCCGUGUCCUAUGCCAUAUAUUCACUAAGCUUUUUUACCGUCCACUAUUCAAGCUGGCUGGAUUGGCGCGACAACGACGUGGGAGUGGGUGCGAUGUUUCAUUACUCCCUAAUAACUACUAUGAACAUCGACGGCAGCAGUGUGGUGACGCUGACGGGCUGCAAGAUGGGAUCGACGGGGCUGUCGGUACCUCUGCUAUCGCAGGCUGACGCCGGCUACCGGUUCGUUGCUGGGUGCCUGACGGUCGCGGGACGGGAGGUGACGACGGCGGCAGAACUGGGGCUGAACGGCAUCACCAACGUGACGACGGUUGCUGCGUGCGGGGAGUGCACGAAGGAGGGCGACUGCUUCGCCCCGCUGACGACGGCUGUCAUUGACUGCAAGUGCCAUUGCGCUGCUGGAGGGCACGGCGAUGUGUGUGUCCCGGUGCCUGUGCCUGCUGGCCCGCCACCGCCGCCACUGCGGCCACCACCCACGCCGCCACCGCCGCCGGUUGGUGAGUGCAUCAGCGACAUGGUGUACCCCGAGGUUGCGCAGGCAGUGGGCGGCGGGCUGUCGUGGCUGUGCUACCGUAACGUGACGUUCAGCGGGGGCGGCAUGAGCCUGACGGUGCUGGUUGGGGCGAUGACGGGCGACGUGGCGAAUGUCACGUUCGAUGGAUGCACGUGGAGGGACGGUGCCGUGCUUUUGCUGUUGGGCAACGCGUACGCCGCUGUUGGGGCGCUGAACAUAGUCGUCACCGGAAACAGAUUUAGUGACGCGCUGCUCAGCCCGGAGGGCGUGUUUCAGCCGCACACGAAAAUCACGAUCAGCGUGAACCGCUUCACGGUCACGAGGCCGAUCCCUCGGCCGGGCUUGGAACUUGACUGCCCGUCGUGUGUUGUGAUGAAUGGACUGGUGAUCAGCAACGACUCCGCGGUGGUGCUGAGUGGCAAUGUGUUUCAGAGCGUGACGACAUCGUCAAGCGCCAUUUACGUUGUUGGAUCUCCGCUGAGGGUUUUAUGGAAAUCCCUGUUUGCGGUGCUGAGCAACACGUUUCACAUGGCUGGCGGUGACGGUACGCUGAUAUAUCUUGAAGGACCUAGAUACUCCUCAUCGCUGAGUGUACUGAACAACUCUGCCGUGGUGAUUCGAGGCAACGCUGUGACGAGGCCGGUGAAGUGCUUCGUGUUACUUAUUUGGACCUUAGACGUGGAGUCUCAUUCAGCGGUUGUGUUUCAGGGCAACGAGAUGCAGCGAAGCUCGGUUGUGUUUUAUUCAAGCGACUCCUCCAACAUCUACUACAACUCCUGGCUGCAGUUGAGCGGCAACCUCUGCCGUGAAUCCCCAUCGGAAGCGUUUGCCUUUCUUUAUCCCAAAGUGAAUCUCCGCGACUCCACGGUGUCUGUGUCCGGCAACCAAUUCGUGUCCAGCACGGUCUCGCCGACAGUGCUGCUGAUACCUAAAAGUUCCCGCGAUCUCACGAACGGAGCGAUUGUGGCCGCGUGCAACACCGUGAACGGCGAGGAGGAAGCGAACUACGCCAUCCCUUCUGUGUACAAUGCCACCAUUAUGACCUGCAGCGACCCAUGCACUCUCGCGGCGUCGUGCUUCCCUGCGUACACGACGACGGCCUCGAGUGAAGGCUGCGCCUGCGCGUGCGCUGAGGGCGGCUACGGCGAUGCGUGCCUGCCCGUUGCUGUCCCCGAGCCACCGGGCACCGACGGCGCCGACUUGUGCGUGCGGGACGUGCGUGUGGAUGUGGAGGUGAACGCCGGUCUCGGGACGUCGGUGGCAUGCUACGUUGGCGUGACCUUUGCGGCGGACGUCGUGGUGGACGUGGAGUCGAUGUCGGGGAGCGUGCGCAACGUGACGCUGGCGAACUGCCUGUUUGUGGGCGGAGCGAGCCUGUACGUUGUUGGGUGGCGGUCCGACCCGACUGCUGGACAGCGUGUCGAUGUGUUGAUCAGCGGGCUUGAGUCGUGCUCCGGCGGCGGCGUGGUGGUGGCGAACCGAUUUCCGCCGGGCUCGCGCGUCGCUGUGGUGGACUCGGUGCUGAUUGCAGAGAAGCGUGUUGCGUACCGCGGCGCCUACGGCCUUGGCGA